AUGCGCGGAUAUGCCAAACUACAGUGUACGAUCUCAAAUGAUGAUAUAGGGAGCUUUCAUACCGUUCGCCGUCAAUCACUCGAUGCAUAUAGCUUCGAUGGUGGUUCUGAUGAUGUUGUAGACUUCUCAACGCCAGUCCAGCGGACCCAAAGACAGGCAAUUGAAGAGAAUAUCAACUCACAUAGCCGUCACCACCAAAAUAGACUUGCCGCCGCGACUGGCAUUGCUCAUGAGCCUCCACGGGCGAAACGUCCUCACAACUUGCGUAACAUCACCCUGAGAGGGAGAUCCCAUGUCAGCAUAAAUGAUGCCAAAUUCAGCUUAACGAAGUCCUAUCGCCAGCGUCCUAUUGCCCGUGACUGGUCACCCGCGAGAAAAAGAUUUGUUGCACUAGUUGCCUGCUUUGGAACUGCAACUAUCGGCAUACUUAUUGGCAUAUAUGCCGGGAUUGUCCCUGCUGUGCAGUAUUAUAUCGCCGAUGCUAACCAUAUCGCCAUCCUCGGAAAUGUGGCUAUGUAUUUGGGGAUGGCAUUGCCAACAUUUUUCUGUUGGCCCCUUCCAUUACUUCAUGGCCGACGACAAUACAUACUCCUCGGCCUCAUUCUUACUUUGCCCUUGCUCUUUCCACAAGCUAUAACAGUGAUGACACAUCGACCAUCAAAGUCAAAUGCCUGGAAAUGUGCUUUACUUCUACCUCGCGGUCUCAUGGGUGUCUCUCUUGGUUUCGCAAACAUGAACUUUCACUCAACUUUGACGGAUCUAUAUGGUGCUUCAUUGAUGAGCAGUAAUCCACAUCAAGAAUUGAUGGAUGAGGACGAUGUCCGAAGGCACGGUGGAGGACUCGGAGUUUGGCUUGGACUGUGGACUUGGUGCUUUACUGGAUCCCUCAGCGUCGGAUUUUUAAUUGGUGCUGUCGUCAUUGAUCGGUUCACGCCUGCUUGGGGCUUCUACAUCAGCAUUAUCUUGGUUGGUACUACUCUGUUACUGAGUGUCUUCACUCCAGAGGUACGCCAUUCCACGUGGAGAAGGUCUGUGGCAGAAGUCCAAACUGGUGAUCAUGUUUCUCGACGAGUCGCCAGGGGAGAAGUCAUGAUGCAUCGGAUUCAAGACGGGCCCAAAUGGUGGUGGCAAGAAGCAUGGCAUGGUGUUAUACUUUCUCUCCAGAUGCUUCGUCAGCCUGGCUUCACGGUCAUGGCUGUAUACUUAGCUUGGAUCUACGCCCAGGUCACAUUGAUCAUUGUGCUUCUCGGAUCACUGACAUCCAGAGACUAUCGACUAAGGGCCGCACUUGUUGGUGCUUCUGUAUCAUCAGUUGCCAUCGGAGCUCUGGUCGCUGUUCCAUUUCAGAAAGCCAAUCUAUUUUCUCGAGCAAGACACAGACCAGCACUAUCGAACGCUUAUUCUAUCGAUCGGAAGUUGACAUGGACCUCACAUUUUGUACGCCGUGCCGUUUUCACAAUCACUCUGCCUGCCACAGGUGUCAUGUAUGCCGGCCUUUCGUGGGGUCCCCCUAUUCAUCUCAUUUUCCCAUGUCUAUUCGCUGCAAUGAUCGGCUUUCUAUCAUGCCUUGCCAUCUCAGAAUGCAAUGGUAUUUUGAUGGAAGUUUGGGAUUGCUCAGACCUUCAAACUGGCAUGACAGGGCAGUCGAGAAGCGCUAAGAAAGCUAAGAAGAAGACGAAUUAUUCUUCAUUCCCGCGAGUGCAAGCAGGUUCCGCUGUGAUACACAGUCUAGCCUUCAUCUUUGCCGCGGGAGCGACUGGAAUAGGAGGCAUGGCACAACGAAAUCUUGGCCACAGAAUCACUGCCGCAGUUGUCGCUGGCAUUCUGCUCUUUCUCACGUUGCUACUGCUUGGCGUCCUUACGCGAUUCAAGAAGGUUGAGAUCAUUCCCAGAUCGAGAACGAUGGAAAUGAAUAAGUGGAUAGAGGACCGAAGACACAGUUUGGGUCGCCAGGCUACUGAGGUAGCUGCUGCAAAGGCUGCUGGCCGAAAAGACCUGCGCAGCAUCCCCGUGGAAGAGGUUGGCUGGAGACCACUGAUUGUUGGCAAUCCACUUGAAAAACAUCGGCGUGUCAACAUCCUGGAGCUUGGUUCGCUGACCCGAUGGAUGGAAAUACGCAAGAAGAAUCGUCUAGUAGAUCAAGGUGCACAUGCACACCUUAACCGUCAAGCACUUAGCUUAGCCCGAAUUGAGCUCGGGCACAAAAGUCAAGAAGUCCUAGAUGAUAUUCACCGUGGUGGCAUCAUCAUGACGGAUCUUGUCCAUAAGGUCAGCAAAAGAAGCCUUCGCAGCAAGAGGAGCGAAAUGAGCGAAAUAUCAUCAGCAGAUGACAACGAUAUGAAAAGAGCUCCACCGCGAGAGAUAGUACGCACACCCACAGGCAUAAAUCCUCAUACUAGCAGCCUGGGUACCCCAUACGUGGAACGAGAAUGCUUCAUGGGACAAAUGGUUCCAGAAGAGGACGAGGCCGCCUCUAUUGAUGAGAUUGGAAAUGCUGGUGCUGACUUGUAUGCACGACGUCGCUCACAAGGACUCGCCUCGCAUGGUAUGUCUAAAGUUCGACCAUACAACGGAUUUGAGAAACAAGAACUUACAGGUGGAAACCCGGGCUCCGAGAGUCACGUUGUAAUUACAGCACCAGAGCAGACUGGUAUAAUAGCGCAAAACUCAGAGGUUGAAGAAGAUUGUCAUCAGAACAUGUAA